AUGCAAAGAAAUAAGGAUUACCAUUAUGAAGCAGAAUCUGUAAAUGACCUUGCAGAUGUAGCUUGUCAAGCCAUAGAUGAAAUUUCAGAAGAGCUCAGAGAAAUUGGCUUAAAGAUUCACGAUCACCCGGAAUUGGGAUAUGAAGAGAGAUUUGCUCAUGAAUUAUUAGUUAAUUAUCUGAAAAAUAAAGGAUUCAAAGUAACUUCAAGUGCUUAUGGUCUUGAAACCGCCUUUGUGGCAGAAUUUCAAUCCAAGGCAGGCGAAGGUCGUGUUGUUGCCUUUAAUUCUGAAUAUGAUGCGUUGCCGGAGAUAGGACACGCAUGUGGACAUAAUCUUAUUGCUAUUAGUGGGGUUGCUGCUGCUGUUGGUCUUAAAGCUGUACUUGAGAAAUUCGAAAUUGAAGGCACUGUGAAACUGUUUGGCACGCCUGCUGAAGAAAAUGGGUUUGGUAAAGUUGAUUUAAUCGAAGCUGGUGCUUAUAAAGAUGUUGAUGCUUGUUUAAUGCUUCAUCCAAAGCAAUAUUUCGGAAAGCCUUCACAUGCAUCAGGUGCUCCGUGGGAAGGAAUUAAUGCCCUAGAUGCUAUAGUGUCGGCUUAUAAUAGUAUCGGAUUGUUGAGACAGCAAAAUCUACCUACAAACAGAAUUCAUGGAAUUAUUACUAGCGGAGGAGCUGCACCAAAUGUUAUACCGGAUUACACUUCUGGGAAAUUUUAUGUACGAGGAAAGACCGUUGAAGAUUUAAAAGCCCUUUGUCCACGUGUACAAAAAUGUUUUGAGGCAGCGGCCGAAGCCACAGGUGCAAAACUUAAAUUGAAAUGGAUACGAGAAGUUUAUGAUGUAAAAAUAAAUUCACCAAUGGCAACGCGCUAUGAAACCUACGAUUCUCAAAAAUUCGGAACCAAAUUCCCUUCAAAAGAACAACAAUCUUCAAUUUCAUUCGGUACUACAGAUCAAGGAAACGUAACAUAUGUAGUCCCAGGAAUUCAUCCGAUUUAUAACAUUUUUGAGUCACCUGCUAAGGUUAGAAAUCAUACUCGAGAAUUUGCUGCUCAGGCGAGAACUAAAUUCGCACAUGACAAAACAAUAGAAGCUUCGAAGAGUGUAACAUUAGUUGGAUUGGAUAUUUUGAUUGAUGAUAAGUUUUACAAAGAGGUUAAGAAAAGUUUUGAUGGCGUUUAA